UUCGUUACCCUUUACUCUGGGAACUUACUCGGCUAUCGGAACGCUACAUAACCGGUCCUCCCGUUGUUAUGAAACAUCGUACUUUCCUGUCGCGAGGGAACUGUAAGCGACUUGAAUUAAAGAGGAACGACAAGAAGUAUCUGGAAAGUACGUUAGAUGCGGAAAGCACGUUGAAAAGAGCUGUUUUCCGCAUUUCUGUGAACUGCCGUACGCAAAGCCGCCAACCUCACUAGUCUUUGACCACCUGUGAUUGUUUAAGGCACGGCUCAGCGUUGCUACAGUACACUUGCGCCAGUUAGCUUGCAAAUGUCGCUUAUUCUUUCAAAAAUGGACGAAUCGACCCACUUAUCAGAAGUAUCAGAGGAAUCAAGUUCACCGAACGGCAACAAUGAGGAGCUGACACAGGGGGUAGGUCCAAAGGUGGUGUCCCGGUGCCAGUGGGGAGCCCUGGAACCCGUGAGUCGGGAAAGGCUGCAGGGCCCGGCCCAGAGAGCCAUCAUCCAUCACACUGCCCUGUGGCCGUGCAGGUCCGCCCAAGACUGCAUUGCGCAGCUGAGGCACGCGCAGAAACUGCACAUGCACCAUCGAGACUUCUAUGACAUUGGAUACAACUUCCUGAUUGGUGGAGAUGGCACAGUAUAUGAGGGGCGGGGCUGGGGCAUUGUCGGGGCUCAUGCUAAAGGUAACAACAGUGACUCCCUGGGCAUCGCAUUCAUGGGAAAUUUCAACGAUGAAAGGCCUAGUCCAGCUGCCUUGGCCUCCACAAGACAGCUGCUGCAGUGUGGGGUGAGGCUUGGAUACUUGCACCCUGCAUAUGCACUACAGGGACAUCGAGACGUGGCCAAGACAGAGUGUCCUGGGGAUGCACUGUAUGAAGCAUUAUGGCUCUUAGCUCAGCAUUGAGCUCAACCGAACACACUGGCCACUUCCAUCCUUGAGGACACCAAGAGCGACAUGGCUCAGGCAGUUAGAGCAGUCGUCUGGCAGUCGGAGUCUGGUUGUCGAGUCGAUCCCCCGGCCGGGCUGUGUCGAAGUGUCCCUAAGCAAGACACCUAACCCCCCCCCCAAAAAAACAAAUGCUCCUGACGAGCUGGUCGGUGCCUGGCAUGGCAGCCAAUCGCCGUUGGUGUAUGAAUGGGUGUAUGAAUGGGUGAAUGAGAAGCAUCAAUUGUACAAAGGUGCUAUAUAAAUGCCAACCAUUUACCAUUUACCAUUUAAACAUGACGCUACUGUCACCUCUGGGAUUAUAGACUUGGGUGACUUUUUAAAAUAGAAAUGUGUUGCAAGAAACAGUUUGAAUGUAUUUUUGUGCAUAUGUUGCAUAUUUGGAAUGUUUAUUUUACACGUGUACUAGAAGGGCUUGUACAUAGAGGCUUGUAUCAGUAUUGAUGAGCUCUGGCUGAUCUCAACAUACAUGAGCCAAUUUGAUGUACCUACUGAUACUGUAAAUUAAGUGAAAAUGUAAUGUUCAAAAAGGUAAAUCAUAGUCAUUAAUCUUCUUCUAAGUUUAAUUUCUUGUUUUUUUUUUAACCAAAAUCAGCCACUUACGGCUCAUGC